AUGACAAAAGCUUUGUCCCCCCUGACAGGCUCCCAACUCACGGCCGCCGCCAGCGCAGCCCUAAGCACCCAAGCCUCCGCACAAGACAUUCACAAGAAGCGACCCUUCUCCGCCAUCCUCUUAGCCCCAGAUAACGAAACGAUUCUCCUGAGCUCGAACUCCCUCUCCCACGUCCGACACGCAGAAAGUGAACUCGCCCGCAACGCAGCAGACAACUAUGACUGGACCUACCUGUCGCGCUGUACACUCGUGUCAACCUGGGAGCCGUGCGCGAUGUGCGCGGGGACCAUUUACUGGGCCCAUAUUGGUCGGCUUGUGUAUCUUGCUUCGGAGAAGGCGUUGCAGGCGGUCAUUGGGGAGGGGAAUGAGGAGAAUUUGACGUUGGAUUUGCCUUGUCGGGUGGUUUUUGAGAAAGGGCAGUUUGGCGUGGAGGUUGUCGGGCCUCUUGUUGAGGAGGGAUGGGAGGAGAAGGUUGUUGCGGAUAGUAGACGAUAUUGGGGAUAG